ACAUCAGCUGCUGUUGCUUCAUCCUCUGCUGCGCUCUCCACCUCGUCGCUCGAGGACUUUACAUUUUCUUCUCCUGCUUCUGAUACGCCACACAGCGCCACCUAUCGCAAUUCUACUACAAUAGCGAAUCGCCAUGUCGCCAGCAUCCUUAAGCCCAUCCAAUAUGUGCCGCUUAAGUCUAAGCGCGCACGCUCUGCCGUCAGCGUUAUUUUGCCCGCCGAGGUGCUUCGUAAGCCGAAGGAACCGAUUAUCAUUAUCGACGAUGUGGAAGAGUUUGAUAGUGGCACCGAUCGUGAACGCGAUUUGGCCGCCAUGGCGACUGUUGAUGACAAAAGCGAAGAUUACUCACACGAUGAGCCGAUGGAACCGCGAGUGUUGCCACUGCGCCCGGUGUUGCCAAAUCCCUAUGAAGAUGAGGAAAUGUCUGUCGUGUAUGCGGAGCAGCAUUCAGAGAUACGAUUGAUGUGCGAAGUGGAUUUGGAUAUAGCGUCGAGCACGUGGUACAAAAAUGGGCAGGUGGUGCACGCCAUGGAUCGCACCUCACGCGCCACCGAUUAUCGUUUCAUUAAAGAGCCAAAUGGUGCACUCACCAUCACAAAUGUAAUGCUCGAGGACGAUGGCAAGUGGCAAUGUGAAGCGGAGAAUUCGCGCAGAUACACCGAGAAUGCGAGACCCGUAAAAUUGGUGGUGUUAGAUCGUCCAAAGCCACCAUAUUUGCUGAUCGAUUCACGGCGCCUAGAUGCAGGCAAUAUUUUUGUGCCAGUCAAAGAGAAUUCCGAAUUGAAUUUAGCGUGCGUCAGCGAGGGUGGUAAUCCGAAACCGACACUCACCUGGGAAGUACUACUCAGUCCGGGUGUGGACCGGCAUGCACAGAAAGUGUCCGCCGAGGUAUUGGAGUUGGAAGAGGUGAAGAAUGAUAAGGAUAAAAACUCAUACAAAAUCAAUAGCGGCGCGAAAAGUGAGGCCCGCUUGCCGGCCGUCUAUCGAGCCCAUCACAAUGCUCGCAUUCUGUGCGUUAUGGAGCAUCCGACGUUGAAAAUACGCCAAAAUGCAUCGCUGCUGCUCGACGUGCAAUAUACGCCCUCAUUUGCUAUUUCACGCACACCUGGUUUCGGUUAUCCGCUGCGCGAAGGCAUUGAAGUUUCGCUUAAAUGCGAUGUUGACUCGAAUCCGCCAAGUACGCCGCGCUGGCAGAAGGACGAUGGUGAUACGCCGGUCCCCCAAACUGGCGAUGGUUUCCUAAACUUUACAUCGAUACGACACGAACAUUCCGGCUGGUAUAAAUGCACGUCACGACAUUUGAACUUUCAAUACUCAUCGAUUGGCUACUAUUUGAGUGUGAGAUAUGAUUCCGUUGACGUCACAUCCGAGCCAGACGAUCAAGACGUCUCCGUUGCAGCGGCAUCACAUAACCCCAACAAAGGUCAACUGGAGGUGCAACUAGGUGGCGCAGUGACGUUGCAGUGUCCACAAGGUUCCUUAGGCUGCUGGUCGCACUUAGAUCCGGUAACUGCUCGCUUACGUGGUCUGGGCCAUGGCCUCACCACACCCACCGGUCAAUUUUCACUCAAAGAUGUUGUCUAUCAUGAUGCGGGCACCUAUAAGUGCAUAGGUCAAUCGCCUACGAAUAAAAAGAAGCUGGAAGUGCUGCAGACGGUGGGCGUCACGGUAAAAGGCUCUCCCACUGUUGUGGCGCGCAAUGCCACACCUGUCGCCUACCCAGGCUCACCGCUGCAUCUUGCUGUGGAAUUUUGCGCCAAUCCGCCAGCGCAUGCGGCCCGCUGGCUGCACGGUGAUCGCGUCUACACGCCCGGCAAUCAAUAUGGCAGCACUGUUUUGGCCUACGGCGUAACGGAUUUGCCCACACCCUACUGCAAGGAGGCGCGUCUCACCUACGUCAGCAUGCAUGAGCGUGUGCCGCGCACUUUCUACUUCAUUGUUUCUUCGCCUGGUGGUGUUGCCGAGGCGAUCUUCAGAGUGAAUUUCACUAUGCGCUAUCGCGCCGUCACCAAUGCGGUAGACGAUGAGGAGGAGGAGUUAAGCGAGCCGGAGGAGAUCCACUUUCCGGUAUUUGGUGCGGGUGCGACGGCGCGUAGUGCGCGGCGGGAGAGUAGAGUGGGUGCGACGGCAGCGUGUGUGCUCACGACACUAACGCUGCUCUGGAAUGAAGCGCGCAUGCGCAGUAGGCGCGGUUGGAGUUAGGUGGGCGUUUGACGUGUAUGUUUUUGAUUUUAUUAAAGGGAAUUUUUUAUUUUUUUCUUUUGUUUUGUUAUAAACUAACGCAACUCUAAACUUAGCUUGUAAUUGUCAACUGAAUGUCAAAAGCAAAAAGUAUUAGCAAAUACUAAAAAAAUACAAUUACUAUUAACUACUAAACUACUAUGUAUAACUAUAUGCUAAUAUAUAUCCUAAACCUAAACCUUACUAAGUAUCUAGGAGUAUACUUCACAAAAAAAAAAAAAAAGAGAAAGAAAUUUUGAAAAUUUUCGAAAAUGAAUAUGUGUGCUAUCCUAUCCUAAUCUAUAUUGUAUACAUACCCCAAUUACAUACAUAUAUGUAUGUGCAUACGUGCAUGCAUAGCAAUCUAAGUACAUACAUAAGUACUUGUAAAAACAAAGACGUUAUUGUAGCAUUGAACUAUGUAUCUAUGAACACAACUUAACCCCCCGCUAGCCAAGUGUAACACUACUUACUAACUAGUUAAGUAACUACUUUGAUAAUUAGUUUUCUAAGAUUGCGAUUGUUUUAGGUUUACUAGCUACAUACAUAACUACACAAAUAUCAACUAUCAAUCUACCUAUUAAGCAUUUCAGUGUUAAGCGUGUAGUCGUCUGGUCAGUGAUUUAGCGUCACUAGCUACCUAGCUCCUAAAAAUAAGCUAAAGCGAUUUUUUGCAACAUUAAUUAAACGUUAUAAAAUAACGCUUCGCCUACUUUUUUUUUGUAAGUUUUAAGUCACGCUUGGCCAGCUUAUGCACUUUUCUGAGCAUAUUUUUUGGCUAAAGGUUUGUUUGUAGUAUCACAGAGAGCUAAAUAGCAUGUAUGUGUAAGUCCUUUAAAGGAGAUUUUAUAAUCCUAAACUGGCUGCCAAAUUAAAUUAAGUAGAUUAAUGUCCAUAGAAAAGCGAAAGUAUUUUAAGCUAAUUUUUUAAUUAGUUUGAUUUAAUGUUAUGUUCCUAAGGAUUUCAUUAUUAAUUUUUAUUUCUUAAAAAA